CGCUUAAGCGGAAGGAUGGAAGCCGCUGCUUGGCGCCAGGGCGGGCGCGGGAGGGGCAGGGGCCGGGCUGCAGCCGGCGGGGUGUCUUCGGGGAACGGACCCGGCGGCCGGGGAAAGGCGAGAGGAGCGGGGGGGCUGCCGGCGGGCGCGGGGGGAGCCCACGAGCUUGCGUCACAGAAAAAAUUUGAUGAAAUUAAGAAGGCUAAUCAAGCUGCUGUUAAGAGGCUUGUUGAAAAUCAAUUUAGCUCCUCAUCUGAAGAUGAUGAUGAUGAUGAAGAAAUUGAAGGAAAGCAUGGACAAAUAUUGGCCAAAACGUUUACAAAAUAUACUAAUCAGACUGAUGGAGAUGCAAGUGAGCUGGAGCGCACAAAGCAAUAUAUGAAUGAUGCCUUUCAGUCUGGGGCACUGACGUGCCUGAUUUGCAUUGCUUCAAUUAAGAGAAAUCAAGCGGUCUGGAGUUGUUCUGGAUGUUUCUGCAUAUUUCACAUGCCAUGCAUACAGAAGUGGGCGAAGGAUAGCCUUUUCUUAGUAUCUUCUCCUCUGACAGAUGAUGAUUUUGGAAAAAAGGAUUAUCCAUGGCCAUGUCCAAAAUGUAGGUUUGAAUACAAGCGAUCUGAGAUUCCUACUAGAUACUACUGCUAUUGUGGGAAAAAUGAGGAUCCACCUCUGGAUCCCUGGCUGGUUCCACAUUCUUGUGGCCAGAUCUGUGAGAGGGAUUUCAAACCUUCUUGUGGACACAGGUGCCUAUUACUUUGUCACCCAGGUCCUUGUCCACCUUGCCCAAAGAUGGUCACGAUAACUUGCUACUGCAAAAAGGCUAAGCCGGUGCCACGGAGAUGUAGCACGAAAGAAUGGUCAUGUCAGCUACCCUGUGGACGAAAAUUGCCGUGUGGGCAGCACAACUGUGAAAAUCCUUGUCAUCAAGGAGAUUGCCAACCAUGUCCAAGAGUCAGUAAACAAAGCUGCAUCUGUGGUAAACAAAUAGCAGAAAGGCAGUGUGCAAGUCCUUUAUGGCAAUGUGAUGAGGUUUGUGGCAGAACCUUGUCUUGUGGCUAUCAUGUCUGUGAACAAAUUUGUCAUGGUGGUUCCUGUGGAGAAUGUCCCAGAUCUGGGAAAAGGUCUUGUCCAUGUGGAAAGUCAAAAUUUUCUUUGCCGUGUACUGAAGAUGUGCCUACUUGUGGAGAUAGUUGUGACAAAGUUCUUGAAUGUGGGAUUCAUAGAUGUUCACAGCGCUGCCAUCGAGGUGCUUGCGAAAUUUGUAGACAGGAAGUUGAAAAGCAGUGUCGUUGUGGAAAGCAUAUGAAGCAGUUGCCCUGCCAUAAGCCAUACCUCUGCGAAACAAAAUGUACAAAAAUACGUGAUUGUCAAAAACACCAGUGCAAGAGAAAGUGUUGUCCUGGAAAUUGUCCACCAUGUGACCAAGUCUGUGGUCGAACGUUAGGAUGUCGCAAUCACAAGUGUCCUUCGGUCUGCCACAGAGGCAGCUGCUAUCCAUGCCCUGAAACUGUGGAUGUGAAGUGCAAUUGUGGCAAAACUGUUCUCAAAGUACCCUGUGGGAGAGAACGUACCACCAAAGCUCCCAGAUGCAAAGAACUCUGCAGGCAACCACCUACUUGUCAUCAUCCUAGUCGAGAGAAACACAAUUGCCAUUUUGGCCCUUGCCCUCCUUGCCAUCAGGUCUGCAAGAAAGUUUUGGAAAAGUGCAGUCACCUAUGCCCGGCUUCGUGCCAUGAUGAAGCACUUGUGAAGCAAACUGGCUUGCAUCAGCCUGCAGGACCCUGGGAACAGUCCACUGAGCCGGCCUUUAUUCAGACAGCAUUGCCUUGUCCUCCAUGCCAAGUCCCUAUUCCAACGCAAUGCCUUGGAAAACAUGAGAUAAGCCCAUUGCCAUGUCAUCGUGCAGGACCUUAUUCUUGUAAAAGAGUCUGCGGAAGGUUGCUUGAUUGUCAGAAUCAUAAUUGUCUGAAAGAAUGCCAUACAGUUACUGAAACAGAUACCAACAAUGACACGCAAAAGGCAGGUCCAAAAUGUUCUCAGUGCGAAGAAGAAUGUUCCAAGCCACGACCACCUGGAUGUUCUCAUGCGUGCCCUCUGCCAUGUCAUCCUGGGGAAUGUUUGCCAUGUGCUCAAAUGAUCCGAAUAAAGUGUCACUGCAAACUGACAAGCCUGUACAUCGAAUGCUUAAAAAUCACUAAUGCUGACCGGCAAGAAAAAGAAGAACUGUGUUCAUGCAAAAACCAGUGUCCAAAAGAGCUGCCUUGUGGUCAUCGAUGUAAAGAGAUAUGUCACCCAGGCGAGUGUUGUCAGAAUUGCAAUCAAAAGGUUAAGGUCCGUUGUCCUUGUAAGAGACUUAAAAAGGAACUUCUGUGCAGUAAAGUUCGUGAAGGCCAGUUUUUCUUAGAAUGUGACACUGUGUGCAAAGAAAUGAAACGGAAAGCUUCUGAGAUUAAGGAAGCAGAGGCUAGAGCUGCCAUUGAAGAAGAAAAACGAAGACAACAGGCAGAACUGGAAGCCUUUGAGAAUAGAUUGAAAGGACGUCGGAAGAAUAAGAGGAAAAAGGAUGAGAUUGAAGUUGAACAACCUUUAUGGCAAAAAUAUAAGAAUAUGAUUUUGCUGCCAGUAUGUGGAAUUGUUGUCUUAAUGAUUGCCUGGUUGCUAGCGUACAAUAAUUGAAGUCUUAAUUACUUCAGUACAGUUCAGCAUGCUUCUAUUUAAAGAAUUGCUAAAAUGUUCUGUGUUCUAUAUUGAGAAUUAAUGGUCAUUGGUGGUUUUUAGUAAUUUCCCUGUUUGCUGGAGAAAAACAAAACCUGUCUCAGUUUUUACCUCAAAAUCCCUUUAAAAUAUGUUGUGAUGAUCAUGCCAUGCUGUCAAUCCUAAGCAAUUAUGCCAAGUUCUUUAAAAUGUCUGUGUAAGAUUCAUCACAUAUUGCUUCUCUGACAUUAUUUUAUUUCAGGUUGUCUGUCUGUGCUUAAUUAUCUUGCAGUGUGUUAAUGACCUCUUGGUGAUUUAAACAUUAUAUGUUAAAGUUGCUUUAGUACACCUGCAUAGCCCUGCAGGUGUUUGGUUUAAAGCACUUGAUAUGAAACGCAGAUAAUUCAGCCAAUUGACUUGUGGAUCAAGCAGCUGCAGCUGUCUAAAUGGAAUUUAAGAUUUUAAUUUUUCAUUUAGUUAGAUUAAUAUAGGUCCUUAAAAGAAAACCUGAAGCUGCACAGCAAUCCUAAUUAUACUGUGCCGAAAGUUGUUUGUUAUUUUUUAAAAUCUACUUUAAACAUUCUGUGCUCUAAGAUUCAUUUUUGCUAAUUAUAUAAUCAAAUAGCAGCUCUUUCCAUAUUAGACACCUUUCUGUGGAGAUUUGCACAGUAGUCAAUGUAAAUGUCUUUUUCUUUAGAUAUAGCUGUCUUCAGCUGAAAAGACUUCCAAAUCAUUGUAUUUAAGGCUAAUAUCUCUGCCCCUCUGAAAAAUAGUUUUCAUAAAGAAAAUGUACUUUAAAUAAAUUAUUACCUGUAUCUA